CACAUCACAUACCUUUCUACAACACAAAGGGAAGGAGGCAGACACAGGUAGGACCACAGACAGAGGAGGAGAUUGGGGGCACAGGUAGACAGGGGGUACAGGGUGAGUGGUACAGACAGGUACCGUGACAUAGGGGGUACAGGCAGAAAGCGGUACAGGCUGAGUGAUACAAGCUGGAGGUACAGGUACUGUGACAUAGAUAGGUGGUUCAGGAACACUGACAUAGGGGGUACAGGUAGGUGGUACCGAUAUAGGGUACAGGUAGGGUGACAGACAGAUAGUAGAGGCAUAGGGUUGCUGCAUCGGGGAGAGUGGAAGAGGCAGGGACGGACACCAUUGAAGAAAGUAUCAGACAGAGUAUUAGGGACUGGGGACAGAGUAUCGGAGAGACGACAGAGAGAUAACAAAGUCACAGGCUGGUGGGAGAUGGGGAGAGGAUGAAGUAAGGGGUCACAGACGGAAGGAUAAUUAAAGUAAAAGGACAGAGAGGAGCAGUGAAGGUGCAAAGUAACAGGUGGCAGGACUGAGGAAUUAUUUAAAGAACUGAGAAAAGAAGAGAGUAACAGAGACAGGGGAGUAACAGAGACAGGAGAGUAACAGAGACAGGGGAGUAACAGGGAAACGAGUAACACAGACAGGAGAGUAACAGAGACAGGAUAGUAACAGAGGGAAACGAGUAACACAGACAGGAGAGUAACAGAGGGAAACGAGAAUUAGGCAGGAUUUGAAUACAGUAAAGGGGAAGGAGGAAGGGGAUUUGAGUAACAGAAGAAGCAGGUGAGAGUAUCAGAGGCAGGAGAGUACAAACCGAAGUGUAUCCGGAAUCCUUCACAACAGCUUUCCUCCAGCUCCCAAUUCUUUCUCCAUCUCUUUGUUCCUAAAGCACCUGAAAGAUGGGAGAGCUUGAAGAGUUACGCAAGGAAGCUGAAAAUCUGAAGAAGCAAAUUGCGGAUGCCAGAAAACUUUGUGCAGAUACAACCUUAGAAGAGAUCACCAAAGCGAUGGAAGUUGUCAGUCGUAUUCAGUUGCGUACAAGAAGAACACUUCGCGGGCACUUGGCUAAAAUAUACGCCAUGCACUGGUCAACUGACUCCAGGCUUCUUGUCAGUGCCUCACAGGAUGGAAAACUUAUUGUAUGGGACACGUAUACAACAAACAAGGUACAUGCGAUUCCUCUGCGCUCAUCAUGGGUGAUGACCUGCUCCUAUGCCCCAUCUGGUAACUUUGUUGCAUGUGGUGGGCUGGACAACAUGUGCUCAAUCUACAAUCUGAAGACUCGAGAAGGGAAUGUGAGAGUGAGCAGGGAACUUGCUGCACACACAGGUUAUCUUUCCUGCUGCAGAUUUCUUGAUGACAAUCAGAUUGUCACCAGCUCAGGUGACACCACUUGUGCUCUGUGGGACAUUGAAACAGGACAACAAAAAACGGUGUUCACCGGUCACACUGGGGACUGUAUGAGCCUGGCUGUGUCUCCAGACUUUAACCUGUUCAUAUCUGGAGCAUGUGACGCCACCGCCAAGUUGUGGGAUGUCAGGGAGGGCGAAUGUAGACAGACAUUCACUGGGCACGAGUCCGACAUCAACGCAAUCUGUUUCUUCCCCAGCGGUCAGGCUAUAUGCACAGGGUCCGACGACGCCACGUGUCGCCUCUUUGACCUGCGUGCAGAUCAGGAGCUCAGUGUGUACUCUCAGGAUAGCAUCAUUUGUGGUAUCACCUCAGUGGCAUUUUCACGCAGCGGUCGCCUGCUUCUUGCCGGGUAUGAUGACUUCAACUGCAACAUUUGGGACUUGCUAAAGGGCGAGCGUGUGGGUGUCCUAUCCGGCCAUGAUAAUCGUGUCAGUUGCCUCGGGGUCACCUCGGAUGGAAUGGCCGUAGCAACAGGAUCAUGGGACAGUUUCCUUAAGAUCUGGAAUUGAGUUUUCACCAGGCCGCGUGGCGCUCAGCAUACACUUUAUACCCCCUCCCACCCUGAUAUAGAUCCAUUUAUCCCACCUCUUCAAAAUGCUGACCCUGGUUUUCCCAUUACUGACCCUCUGCUCUCCUCACCCACUAAAAUUACCUCUACAUACCACAAAGCCCCCCUACUCAAUUUCAUCUCAUCAUAAAUAACUGUGUCCCCAUAGCCCUCUAAUAACAGCACCUUAUUUACCUCCUAUGUCAUGUCUUUCUUAAAAAGAAUUGUAUUCCCAUGUCUGUUCCCCAAACCCCUUUUCUCAUGAUUUACCCCACCCCGAUCUUUGAUCUCCUUAUUUACACCACAUUCCCCUCUCACUGUCCGAUAAUUCUUAUUUCCCUCAUGAACUUUAUUGCCCUAAAGUUCCAUCGCCUCUGAUUCACUCCUUCCUUUCUCAAAUUCAGUCAUUUGCAGAGUAUCGCACAAACAGCCCAUGACCUGCAGAGCAUUGUUUUAAUACACUGCUGAUCUUCAAACAAUCCAUCACUCCCUUUAAAUCACUUCCCUCGCACCACGUAGGGCAAUUCUUCCUAUUAACCUCUUCAAUGCUUGAACAAUUCUCCAUUCUGCUGCUCAGAGUGGAGUUAAUCACGGACAGCUGUGUGUAAAUGUAAUUUAUUUUACUGAAAUUUUCCUUUUUCUGUCACUUUUUAAAUAUGUUGUGUUUUAUAGAAGAGUAUAAUAAAAUCUAUUUUAGGUCACAGCAGAA